UUAUAAUAUCUUUAUAUUUUGCGAUUCAAAACCGUUACUUUAAAAUGGAAAAAGUAAGUUGCGCCGUUUCGGGAUGUGUUCCGAAUAAUUUGGAUGGUAGUCAUAAAUUUCCAGAUCCAAAAAAGAAUUUACAAUUAUUCUUACUUUGGAAGCAAAAAAUCGGAAAUAAUUUAUUGAAAGAUAUAACAGAUGACAAAAUUUAUUCAAAUUAUAGAGUCUGUUCAAAGCAUUUAUGUCAAAAAGACUUUGGGCCAAACAAGAAAUUGAGAACUUAUACUACAUCACCAAAAUUUUAUUUAUCAAGAACUGUCCAAAAUGAAAAACCGAUCGAAGAAGAAAUUGAACGUUUAUCUGAUGAUUGUAACUCACAGAGUAUUGAUUUAAUAUCAGUUACGGAAAGCAUCAGCGAAAAUGGGGUACAAGAAGAAAUACGGCAAACAAACAAUUCAUUGUUUGUACUGAAUACUAAUUUUAUAUUAGAUGACACGGUUGAAAUUGUACCAGUCGUACAGCAGGGAAAAUUAGAAUCAGAAAUAAUUCAGGAAUCUGAAUGUACAACUGUUGAGAAAUGGAACAAUAAAUGUAUUACAUGUUUAAAAGAUGAUGUACAAAUGGAAACUCUCAGUUCACUUAGUCUUUUACCAGAAUUUAAAGAACUCUUUAAGUAUUUAAAAAUUGAAGAAUUUCUCAUUGAAACUACCUUAAAUUCGGUGUGCUCCAAUUGUGUAUUACAAAUGCAUAACAUGUUAAGUUUUAAAAGACAAUGUGAAAAAUCAGUAGAGAAAUUAGGAUUAUUUAUUACAGUUGAAAUAUCUGAAAGAGUAAAAUCACCAACCGUUCAUAAAGCAACACAAACCGAAAAUGAAGAAGAAAUAAGUUCAAACUUUUUAGUACAAAUAUCCCCAGAUGUUGAGGAAGAACCUGACAAAAUAGAACAUACUGAAAUUGAACAGGAAUUCGAUUUAGAGGCGUUAGAUGAAAAAUGUGUAUCUUGCGUAAAUUGUAAUGAAAAUUUUAACAACAAAAGUUGGCUAAGAAGACAUCAAAUUCUUAUCCAUGGAUUAAAAGACUGUAUACAGGAAUGUUGUGAUUGUCGUCGUCAAGUACAUUUUAUGAAUUAUGAUAAUAAAUUAAAAAUUCAUAAUGAGUGUUGUCAUGAAAAUAUAUGCAGCGUCUGUGAUUUGAAAUUUCAAACAAUAAUUCAUUUAGCUAAGCAUAGAUUGUUACAUACAUUGAGUGACCCUAAAAAAAACCCACCACUUCCUGGGAUUGACCUUCGUAAAUCACGAAGACCGCACGGAAAGGUUGCCUGUGCUAAAUGUGGAAAAUUUUAUAAAUCAGCCAACUUAUUACGUUCACAUAUGCAAAGGAUACACAAUAUAACUAAAGUUAAAAUUCCUUGUACAAUUUGCACACGAUCUGUUUACAACAUGAAUUUGCAUCUAAAAAGACACCAAACACAUAAAUUUCAACAAAAAAUUCUACAAAAGAAAAAAUUGAACUUCAUUGAAUCAAGAGGACUUUGUACAUAUUGUGGAAAAUUAUAUGCCCGAAGCUCUUUAAGAGUUCAUAUUCUGUCGGUACAUUUGAAUAUAAAAAAUUAUGAAUGUAUGUACUGCGGUAAAAUGUUUGCGUCAACCGCUAUAAGAAACACACAUAUUAAAUUAGCUCAUUUAAAACUGAAACGUUUUUCCUGUGAUUAUUGUGACAAACAAUUCACGAGGAAAGAUGCAGCACAAAAGCACAAAUUAAAACACACUCAAGAAAGACCUUUUAAAUGUAAAGUUUGCGAUAAACUUUUCCGUUAUUCUGAAAAUAUUAGACGACAUAUGAAACAAGUCCAUGGAAUGAUUAAAUAAUGCAUAUUUUUAAAAGUUGAUAAAAGGAAAUCUUUUGAGAA